AUGUCCAUUACAGUUGAAGAUUUGGCAGCUAAUAUCGAGACAGUCUUGGCCUCUUUGGGUGAUGAAAAAAUGGUCAACUGGGAAGUGGUUGAGCAGACCGAACAUAACCUAAUGAAACAUUUUGAUUAACUAUUUGAGAGAUUAUACACCCUCAAAGAUUCCUUAUAAAGAGUUUUCUUAAUAAACAUCAAAAAUUUGAGAUAAUACGAUGCUAAGGAUUUGGUCUAAAAGGUUAAAGAUAAGAAACUAGAACCUAUUGUAUUAAAAUCACUCACUCAAUAUGCCUUUAAAAAUGAUAAGGAUGAAUUAUUACUUAAUCCAUCUCUCAUUAAAGGAUAAGUGAAUAGUAUUGUAUUACCUUGGGUGGGCAAUAACUUGUCAGUGACUGACAAAAUCAAAGAAACCAAUGAAUGGCUUGAUUCAAAAUUAGCUGAAUUAGAAGUCUUCAAACCCAAAGAAACCUAAGAAUCUAAUAAAACCCUAGAUGUGCAACCAAAAAAUGAAGGAAACGAUAAAAACAAUUACACAUUCAAGAGUGACAAAUUAAACGAAAUUGCUUCAUAAAUUUAAACUAUGCACAUCCCAAACACCAAUAACAUGAUUAGCAUUAAGACAUACACUUAAAUAGUUGAAGGCAGUGUUGAAUUGGCUGAACCUGAAUUUAUUAGAAUUACUUUGGAAAACAGAAAGGCAAGAAGAGAAGUCCUUUAUUCUGAUGGAGCUAAAUAUGUUCAAUUAUUGUUGGAUUAUGUUAACGACAUUGAAAAUCUUUUGAUGAAGGCAUAAGAAGAAAUCUGCAAGAAAAUCGAUAUUUCACAAUAAACACUCGAACAAAGCGAAAUGUUGUUAAUGGAAAGAGGACUUGGAUAACAUGUAUUCAUGUUACAAGCUUCAGCAAGAUAAAGAAUCAAGGACAAACUACCAAAGUAGAAGUAGGUUUAGAUGAAUGCAACAAAAGAAAUCAUCAGAUAUCAAAUCAAAUUAUUAAAUGAGAAACAAGAUUUCUUGAAGAAUAUGAUUGACAAAUUGCCUACAACAUACGAAUCAGGAUAAUUGGUUCCAAUGGUAUUAAAUUUAGUUAUGGGAGAUAUGAUAUUCGAAGAACAUAGCUAUGAAGAAGAAGACUAUAUUUCAAAUCUUGAAAAUCCAUAAUUAUUCUAAGAUCCAGAUAUGAUGGAAUUACUAAAGUCAAUUGAAACUGGAGUUGUUUAAUUAUUGGGAAAAACUGCAUUUGCAUAACCCCCAGGCGGUAUGAUGGGCAACAUUCCUCCACAAAUGUUAUAGAAAUAAUAAUAAUAGUAAUGAUAAACGUAGAUUUUACAUAUAUAAAAUAAAUUUAUCAAUAUUGUCCUUAA